AUGGCUUGGGCGGUGUUUCCCCUAGUCGCGUCGGCUCUCUUCGCGAUCACUUCUGUUUCUGCACAGGAUGCCAACCCAACAGACUCCGUUGGUUCCAAGACGGUUAUUGUUGGCGCUGUAGAGUCUGAUGUUUACCUGAAGAAGAACGAAGACGGCUCCUAUGAAGGGUUCGACCAAGACGUUCUUGAUGAACUCUCCAAAAUUACCGGGCUCAACUUCCGCGUUAAGUCCCCAGAUGACGGGCGGUACGGGAUGAAGGUUGACGGCGCCUGGAAUGGGAUGAUGAGUCAGCUCAUCAAUAAGGAAAUUGACAUGGCCAUGGGACUGUUCAUCACAAUGGAGAGAGAGAAAUACGUCGACUUCAGCAAACCGCUCCUGGAGGAACAUCUGGAGAUACUGGUGAAAAAACCUGAGAUAAAUCACGCGCGCUGGUGGCAUUCUACAUACGGCAUCAUGUCCAGUGAAGUAUGGUUUAUAGUCGCCAUGUCGUUUCUCCUGGUCGGCAUCGUCAUGUUCGUCAUCAUUCGGCUCAGUCCGUACGAGAAUCGGGCGUACUCGGCAGAGGUCGGCGAGGCGAGCCGACUGUCUACCUUCGGGCACAGCCUGUGGAUCUGCUACAGCGCGAUGAGCUGGCAGGGGGUGGACUACUCGCCCCGAUCCGUGUCCGGACGCUUUCUCUUCGUCUUCUGGUUCGGCUUCAUCGUCUGGACGCUCAUCCUGGUCACUGGCGCCAUCGCAGUGUACUUCCUCGCCAGCCCGGUCAGUUUUUCCAUGCCCCCCGUCAAGUCGUUCAACGAUCUGGCGGCAGCAGACGGGUUCCGUCCUGCUCUCAUUUCUGGAUCGCCUGGCGAGAUUUUCUUCAAAGACUCCCAAGUCGCCUCCUACCGACGUAUCUACGACAGGGCCGUUAAGGUGACCAGCGUGAUGGAAGGACUGAAACAGGUGCGUCUUGGCGGCACCGCUCUCAUCUGCCAGUCCACCACCGCCCGUUUCCAUAGCAACCAGAAACCCUGCGAUCUGAUGUACACUCACGACGAGCAAGGCUUGAUGGGAAGGCGAGCUGUUGGUAUCGGGGUGCAGAAGGGUUCUCCGCUGCAAGGGCAGCUGAACGACGCCAUCUUGCGGCUGAAGGAGGACGGCACCCUCCACGAGUUGUAUCAGAAAUGGACCGGAGCUCUGGAAGGGCAGUGUCCCGCCAACCGGUACCCUCCCGACAACCCUCCCGCGUCUAAACAGCCGGCUUUUCAGUAUUACACGCUGGGCGUCCCAGACGUGCUGCCGCUCUUCGUCGCGCUCCUGGUCGCCGCCAUAUUGGCGCUGUGCAUCAUGGGGGUUGAGGUGCUUUGGGAUAAGCGCCAAUCCAAGGAGACCCGGAAGGCCGCACCCCCAGUCAACAUGACAAGUGAUUGUGAGGACACCAACAUUUGAAGGAAAG